AAUGUGGCAAUACUGUAUUAUAUUAUGGACGCCAUUUGUAAGACGACAGCUGUGUUUUAGAUUUAAAAUUAAUCCACUUUUCAUUUUGCUGGCUGCAAGAUAAGCAAAUAAUAGUUUUUUUAUUUUCUGGGAUUAUACGUUCGAGAUGUCGGAGCAGGCGCAGGUGAAGCCUGAAGCAUUGCCCGACUUAGAUGAUCUUCUUCAAUGUCCUGUCUGUUAUGAAAUUCCCUCCGGCCAAAUAUUUCAAUGCAAUGAGGGCCACCAUGUGUGUGGACGAUGCAAAACGCGCCUUGACGUGUGCCCUGUCUGCAGAGCACUAUUUUUUGGAACUCGAAACUACGCUAUGGAAGAACUCAUUGCAAAUGUUAGAAAAUUAAGGGCUUUUAAACUUGGUGGAAAAGUUACUACAGAUUCUUGUUCUGAGAGCAUUACACCACCUAAGGAGGCUAAAACUAGUGCACCUGAAGAAGUGAGUGCAGAAGAUGAUGCAAGUGCUAGUGAUGUCCAGUCUAAUCAAUCAGUAGCAAGGGCUCCGCAAGCUUGUAAAGGGUUGUUUCGUUGUUUGUCUUGUAAGAGUGGGAAUGGAGUCCGACUUCCAGCUGCUCGUUUACUCAAUCAUCUACGCUAUUUCCACUCUCCAGAACUGAUUGAGGGUAAAUCUGAAAAUGGCGAAUAUGUACAGGCGUGGCAAUUUUCCACGGUACCAGGAAGGAUUGUUACUGCUGUAAGAGUGUCAGAUAUGGGCAUAUUCUUCCUGAUAAUUGAAAUCAGCCAUGAAAAUGUGUGUGCAUGGUUGUCCAUGGCGGCGUCCCCUUGGGUAGCACAUGAAUUUUCGUAUACUGUCACAAUUUCUGGAAAUGACCGAGAAGCUAUAUUUUCUGAUUGCGUGUGGUCAGUACGAUCGUGUGAAGGGUCCUUAAAAAAGCGUGGGCAUUGUUUAAUAGUCAAUGGUUUAGACGCGCAAGCAUUAGUUGCACCUGUAUCGAUAAGCGGUAAACUGUCGGUACGUCGAACUCCUCCUGAUCAACUUGCUACUCAGACACAACCACGCGCUGUUUUGCGCGUCGCUAACCGCGGAAACGAUCGCGUCAACCAUCGUGAAAACCAUCGCGAAGUUCGUGAUAUCACUCGCGAAAAUGCACGUGGUCCUGCUGCUCAUGACUUAGAACCUUUCCUUCAAGAUUUACAAAACGAUGUGGCUAGGCUCUCCCGAGCAUUCGCUACGCUCGGACGUGAAGCUAACGCUCUAGUGCGUUCCGAAGCAGAAAUGCGCGCUAGAAUCGAAAACAGACAAAACACAGGUGCAAAUGAGCGCACAAGCACUUCUUCUGAGGGUGAAUCCCCACCUGUAAUACAAAAUAACGAAGACGAAAGCAGUAAUGAACGAAUGCAGCUGUCGCGUAAUGCACGCAGACGUAUGCGACAACGCCUACGGGCCGCGCUUAAUGGAAAUUUGCCGCCUGUGCCAGCUCCUAGGGUUACCAAUCAUUUUCCUGGCACGCAAAGACAAAAUGGUCCUACGUCUAACAAUAAUAUUCAACGUAACCUAAGUGGGGUUGCAAGAAUGCAACAGCCACCAGUGCCACCUCCAGUCGCGCCACCCGUCGCUCCGCCGCCCGUUCCGCCCCCGCCGGUUGGCCCUCAGUCUUCUCAAGGCCAAUCGAAUGGACUGCCGCAAGAAGGAAACGCACGUGUCACGAGGAGGAAGCGACGUCAUCGCAGAUAAAUUUAACAAUGUAUCUGAUUAAUCAGAUAUGUAUUAACCAUGUAAACAAGAAAUAAUAAGUUUAUUAUUAAUGGUGAAUGUUAUUAAAUUGACUGGUCUUUGAGUCUCAUAACUAUCCUCUGGGGCUAGCUUAUUUUAUAUGACUCCAUAUUGUAAAUAUUUCGUCUUUUGACAAUUGCAAUUUUUAUGAGUGCUGUGAUAACAUGUUGCAAGUUCGUGCAAUGUAAAUGGUUAACUACUUAAUUUCAUUAAUUGUAGUACCCCAGAGUGUUUGUGAUUGAAACAGAUACACCUUAGGAUAAAUUAUUGUUAUAAGUUAAUUUCAGCUAAUGAAAUGCAUUUUGUGAAAUAUAUUUGACAUAUUUAAAGAAUAUGAAUUUGAACAGUGUUUAAAUAAUAAUUGACAAACAUGCUUGUUUUAAUCCUGUAUGUAAUCAUGAAUUUUCUUGUAGAAUUAUAAUUACUGUUUAAUUAAUUAUUAUAACUGUUAAACACUUAGGCAGAAAAUAGUAAUAAUUAUAAAAUAUGAUAAA